AUUGCCUCCUGCCGUCAUCACGCCGCUGCCAUGGGCCAGGACGCACAGCGCCCCGAUGGCGAAGCCUUCCAGCCUACCACACAAACUGGAGCAACCACUAUGACCAGCGAGAUUGCUGUACUCGCCGCCAUGAUCACCAGCACGACAUCUGCAUCGGAGAGCUCUCUCACGGAGCAGGAUCUCGCGCGACUGCUCUCGCAGCUGGACGACGCGAAUGGCAUGGCGAAGGGGAUGGAGAGCAAGCUUGACUCCAUGCUGGAGCAGCUUGAUGACUUGCUCGGCGUCUUGGAGCCAGCGACGGAGGGUAACUCGAAGACCUAGGUCGUGUGCCACUUGGUUGCUUCGAUGUCACGGGUUUGACCACGCUCGCGUACGAGAUUACUAGAACUAGUAGUAUCGGAUUUACUUCCUUUUUUGCCGUGACUUCGCAAUGAGGAAUACGAAUCUCUCUCGGGUUUAGUGAAAGAAGGAACUACUUUGCAACUAUCUGGCGCACACUUGCAGAGAACAAUACGAUCCUCAACGACCCUGGUUACCGC